UUUUCAUAGUGUUUUUCCUCUUUUUGAUUGUUGAAAAAGCCAGUUUUGUUCUAUAGAUUUUUCCAGAAUCUUAAAUGGUGUCCAUUUUUUUUGUUUUACUGUUAUCUAAUGGUUGGAUCUAGUGCUUUGACCCUUCAAGCACAUUUUAGUUGUACUUGGGAAAAUGAGUGAGUCUGAUGAGCCAGGUGCUGACAGCACAUUGCUCUGAGCAGUAGCCCGGGGGUGAGGGGGGAGUGGAUGUUUUGAGUGCCCACUGUAUGCAGCCUCUGUGCUGGGUUCUUUCCAUAUGCUGCUGUAUUAACUCAAGUGCUAUGUUGGGUUGAGAGGGCCAGUCCCUUUUCCAAAUGAGGGUAGCUCUGGCUUGUAAUUAGUGGGUGGAGUAAGGAUGGGAACUGGGGUCCGUGUGUCUCUGGUCCCUAUGCACACAGGGCCACAGCACUAGGCAGGCAUGUAAAAGAUGUGCAGUUGCACAAUGGUGAGGCGAGUCAGGCCUUUGGACACAGUGUCAAGGGGUAGAGGGACAUGGGAGAGUAUAGAUCCUGUUCAGAGGAGCCUCUCCCAACUCUUGCUGUCACACAGGAUGUGACUCAGUGUUGCCAGAUCUUGGAGUUGUCAAAUAUCUGAAUCUCUGUGGGAGAUCUCUAGAUCUCAAAAAUAUUUGCUGCUGCUCUCUGGGUUUGGGCCUAGGUUGCGUCGAUAUGGCCAAACACACCAAGGUCAGCGUUGUCGGUAAAUACGGGACUCGUGAUGGUGCCUCACUCUGGAAAAUGAUGAAGAAAAUUGAAAUCAGCCAGCGUGCCAAGUACACCUGCUCCUUCUGUGGCAAGACCAAGAGGAAGAGAUGGGAUGUAGGAAUCUGGCACUGUGGUUCUUGUAUGAAAACAGUGGCUGGUGGUUCCUGGACCUACAAUACCACUUCCGCAGUCACAGUCAAGUCAGCUGUCAGAAGACUGAAGGAAUUGGAAGACUAG